AUGACUGAACCUGGACUCUUCAGAGUUGCCCCUGGCAGACAUUGGGGUGAAUGGUUUAACCUCAUUCCCUCACAGAAACUGUGUCUGAAUGUCUACUGUCAGAGCAGUCAACUCCUUACCUUUCCCAGGCUCUCCUUCUUCUUCUUCUUCUUCUUCUUCUUCUCCUCCUCCUCCUCCUCAUGCUGGGAGGCUGGCAUUUGCAGAGAGUCCUCCUCGCAGCAGAUGAAGCUCACGGUGCAUCCCAUCCGAGCAAAGCCAGAGCGCACACAUCCAGACCCAUUCAACGCCUCGGCGCCCGGUUCCUGGCUCUCAGUGGUGACGACGCGCGGCAGGUCUGCGGAGUCCGCCUGGCAUCGCUGCGGCGAGCUUUUCUACGCAGACUCCCGCAGUGGUUUUCGGCCAGCAUGUGCCGACUGGGGGGCCACGCUGAGGCGGAGUGACUUCCCACUGCAGACAGACUGUGGAGGGCAAACAGUUCCUUAUCACGUGGAGCCAAGUUACAGCAGACACCACCCAGACCAAAACCGCAGGAGCUGUGGUGUUCACAGGGCUUCAAGGAAAAGCAGCAAAGCUCUGGGGAAGGCUAGAAAAAAAAAUCUUCUGCAUUGAAGGGUUCCCAAGUUCACAGCGGCCUCCAUUA